AUGGAGUCUCCUCUGCGGGUCGGUCGACAUUCACUAACCGGCAGUACGUCAGUCUAUGAUCCCCACGAGGUCACAGUAACCAGCAAUGCGGGAUAUCCCCGGAGUACACCCGGUAGCCGCAGCAGUGUAUCACCCAGCCCGUUUCGGACAGUAGGAACUCCCACUGCGCGCUGUUCACGAUCCGCGACGGAGGCUGAAAACCCAGUUAAAAACAGGCGGCCUGUUCGGACCAGGUCACGUGCUAUGGACAGUCCGUACGCAGCGCCUUACUGCCAACAGCUGAUCACCUUACUUGGUCGACAGUUUCUAAGUAUGGUUCGACUAGAAAAUCGUAGUGCUGAUGAGCAAUCAUUGGAACAUCAGAACGAGGCUCCGAUGAGACAUGAAACCUCCGCCGGAUUCUAUCGGGUCUCGGCCUAUUUCUUUGCGAAAAUCAUUUCCGAGGUGUUACCGGUCAAAGCACUACCGGCCCUGUUGUUUCUCCCGAUCACCUAUUUCAUGGCUGGAUUGCGAGCCAGUUUGCGUGCAUUUCUGUUCUGGGAACUGACACUGACUCUGUUGACAAUCACUGCCUCGGGUAUCGCGUUCUCCGUGAGCGCGAUGGUCACCGAUUUCCGUGUCGGCUCGAUGCUCCUGNUGCUCCUGUCCAUGUUUUUUGUCCUCAUGAUGGUAAGUCUCAUGGUGCUACUCGACACUUCGUUUUCUCUUUCUCAACCCUUAUUGCUAUCUAAAUCAGACUGCUGA